AUGGACGACGCGUCGGCGGGGGGCGAGGAAGACCAAAACUGGGCGGCGUGCGACCUUUGCGGUAGCUGGCGCAAAACCAACCACAGCGUUGACAAGGCCCACUCUUUUUCGUGCGCGAGCAUCGGCCGCGACUGCUCCGAGCCGUGCGACGGGUGCCGCCAGCAUGAAUGCGUGUGUUCGAGCGACGACGAAGCUCUGUCGGACGGCGCCGCGCGUGGCGGCUCGGAGUAUUUCGUGAGCGACGACAAUCUGCGCGUGAUGUCCGCGCACGGCGUCGCGACGGACGGCGACGGCGCGAGCGUCGCGAGCGAGUGUCCUAGCUUAGUGAGUGAACUCACCGAGCUCUCCGAUGACUCGUCGAGCGAGUUUGGCGAUCCGGACGAGAGCGACUCGUCCGAUUCGAGUGACGAAGACGACGAGCCGCCCGACGACGAUCGGUCGAGAUGCUCGCACCGGUGUCCAAGACCGCCGCCGCCGCCGCCGCCGCCACCACCACCAAAUCCACCGGACCCUCCCCGACCGGACGACCCGAUGCCGCCGGCACCCGCCGCGUUGCCGCCGCGAGAAAAAAGAGGCGUGGCGUCCGAGGUCUCGCCCGAGUUCGCCGCGGACAAGAACACGAUAGGCGUGACGGAGGAUGAAGGCGUGCCGGGCGGGAGCGACCAGAGGAAUUUCUUCACCGGCUUCAAGGCGCCCGGGCCGGCCUGCUUCAGCGCUAACCUCGCUGAUAGGCUCAAGAAGCUGGUCGAAGGAGCCACACCGGCGCCGAUGACCGUAGGCGGCGGCACCGUGGCCUCGCUGACGGCCCUCGGUCACGCCGCGUUCGAGAAAAAUUUCGGGCACCCGUCGCGACGCGCGGCAAACGCGCGUCGAACUGUGGAGCUGAUCAAGCGCGACGGCGGCAACGGUUUUAGUUUCAGGCGGGCGUGCGAGUACGUACCUCAAGCGGCGAAGCACUUGCAAGGGUUUGCACGCGCCGUCGUCGGCGACUCGCCCCGCGUCCAUCUGGAUGUGCACGCGUCCAGGUCGACACUGGCUGGCGCGCAUAGGUUGGGCACGCACCGCGACGUGCGAAAGUGGGCUCGGGAUUACUAUCAGAUGCGCGCUGUCGUGGCGACGGCGGCUGGAACUAUUGUUUUCACGGUCGUAGAAUUCGACGAGCGCGGGAAGCCCAUGCGGAAUUCGAGAGUCUACGGUUUCUUCUCGCUGACCGUCGCGGCGGCGGUCGUCUAUGUGUUAGAUCCGAUGCUCGCCGGCCAGGAACCCUUCGACUUCGUCACGAAGACCGACGGCCGGAAGGUCGCGCUGGGCGUGACGCAUACCGUCCUGGGCGGCCUUGGCGAGCGCUGCGUCUCCAUCAUUACCUGGACGAUCGCGAAAAACGCGGCGCUCGCCGCCGCGGAGAUCUGGGCCGCGGAGAAGGCGGCCCUCGUGGGCCGGUGGGCGGCAAUUGCGGCCAUGACGGCGGCCGUGCCGCCCGGUGUCCCGGUGCCCGAGCAGGGCCCGAUCGUCGUCGCGCCGACGCUCGAACAGAGCGCCGAGCGCCGGCGUCAGGCGGCCAAGGAUCUUCGGCAUCAGAGACGCGUGGCCAAGUUGACGGACGCCUGGCGCGAGGCGAACGUGGUCCGGCUCGCCGACGCGGACCCGUCGACGCGCGACGCCGACCUCCGCGCCCAUCUGGACGCCGAGCGGAAGCGCGCGCGGGCCAGGCGGCGAGUCCGGCGCGCGGCGGACUUGACGGACGCCUGGCGCGAGGCGAACGCCGACCGGCUCGCUGGCAUGGACUCGGCGACGCGCGACGCCGAGCUCCGCGACGCUUUGGCCGCCGCGGACGCUGUGCGGAAAGCUCUAAAAAGGAACUCUAACCGGGAAAACUCCCGGCGGCGCAUGGCCAAGUUGACGGACGCCUGGCGCAAGGCGAACGCGGACCGGCUCCCCGGCAUGAGCGAGGCGACGCGCAAGGCCGAGCUCCGCGCUUUUCUGAAGGACGCGCAGCAAGCCGCGCGCGAGGCGAAUUUGACCGCGGCCUUUCUCCUGGCGAACCUGGAUCGGUUCGCCGAGGCGGACGACGCGACGAUCGAGAAAGAGCUUCGCGCUCAUCUGGACGCCGCGGCGGAGGAGCGACGCCUUCAUCAUAACGCAUAUCAAAAUGCAUGGCGGGCCGCGGACCCGGAAGGAACUCGCGCGCAGAACCGGAAAGAUCAGAAAGCGUACCGCGAGCGGCAAGGAAAGGACGCGAUGAAUGCGCGGCAAAGGAAAAGAAGGAAGACGGACGCCGGGAAGUUGAAGGAGGCUGCUAAUACGUGGUACAAUACCUAUUCGAGGAGAUUUGGCAAGGACCUGGCGAACUGGGACGAACCCCACCUACGGACGUACAAAGAGCGACUGGACGCGGCCUACCCGGGGGGCCCGGGGGAAGGGUUCGCGUCCACGGACUCUCGCUACGCCGGCCUCCGCGCGCGCUACGAGAAACUCGAGCUACUUCUAGUAGAACUCGACCGGAGGAGGUUAUGUCGCCGCCGCUAG